UUAAAAAUGUACAAAUAACAUUUAAAUUAUAAAAACAAAACACACUCCCGAUCCUAUAAAUAAGAGAGAUAUCUAUGCAGGCUGAAACCCAAACCAUCCAGGAAACCUUCUGAGACAUAAGCACAAGUUAAAAGCGACUCAAGAAAAAACAAGAAAGAAUGGAAACUGGUAGUAGGAACGUGUUGAAGCCGAUGGACUCUGAGCAACUGAGAGAGUACGGACAUCGAAUGGUGGAUUUCAUUGCUGAUUAUUACAAAACCAUCGAAUCUUUCCCUGUCCUUAGCCAAGUUCAGCCUGGUUAUCUUCACAACCUUUUGCCUGAUUCAGCACCAGACCACCCUGAAACAGUUGAACAAGUUCUUGAUGAUGUUAAAACGAAGAUAUUGCCUGGAGUAACACAUUGGCAAAGCCCAAACUUCUUUGCUUAUUACCCUUCUAACAGCAGCGUUGCGGGGUUCUUGGGUGAGAUGUUGAGUGCUGGUCUUGGAAUUGUUGGUUUUAGUUGGGUAACUUCCCCAGCUGCCACUGAGCUCGAAAUGAUCGUUCUUGAUUGGCUUGCAAAACUGCUCAACCUACCCAAUCAGUUUCUCUCCAAAGGAAAAGGAGGUGGAGUCAUCCAAGGGUCAGCAAGUGAAGCUGUUCUGGUUGUGAUGAUUGCUGCCCGUGAUAAGGUCUUAAGAAGGGUUGGCAAGAACUCCCUUGGGAAGCUUGUUGUCUACUCCUCUGACCAGACACAUUCAGCUUUACAGAAAGCUUGCCAAAUAGCCGGAAUCCAUCCAGAGAAUUGCAGGGUGCUGAAAGCAGAUUCCUCUACAAAUUACGCUCUGCGUCCAGAACUGCUUCAAGAAGCCGUUUCUCGAGAUCUUGAAGCUGGAUUGAUUCCGUUCUUCUUAUGUGGCAAUGUUGGGACCACUUCUUCAACAGCAGUCGAUCCAUUAGGUGCACUGGGAAAGAUUGCAAAGAGCAAUGAGAUGUGGUUUCACGUGGACGCAGCGUACGCUGGAAGUGCUUGUAUAUGUCCAGAGUAUAGGAAGUACAUAGACGGUGUAGAAACCGCAGACUCUUUUAACAUGAAUGCUCACAAAUGGUUCCUCACUAACUUCGACUGUUCCCUACUUUGGGUGAAGGAUCAGUAUGCUCUCACUGAAGCUCUGUCAACAAAUCCAGAGUUUCUCAAAAACAAGGCCUCUCAGGCAGACUUGGUUGUUGAUUACAAAGACUGGCAGAUCCCUCUGGGACGAAGAUUCAGAUCAUUGAAACUAUGGAUGGUUUUAAGGCUGUAUGGAGCUGAGACCUUGAAGAACUAUAUAAGAAACCAUAUCAAACUGGCCAAAGAUCUCGAACAGCUUGUUUCUCAAGAUCCUAACUUUGAGGUUAUCACUCCUCGGAUCUUUGCUCUCGUCUGCUUCCGUAUGGUUCCUACCGAUGAUAACGAUGAAAAGAAGUGUAAUCGUCGAAACCUCGAGCUCCUAGAGGCAGUAAACUCCUCAGGGAAACUCUUCAUCUCUCACACUGCUUUGUCUGGAAAGAUCGUUCUACGUUGCGCCAUUGGAGCGCCAUUGACAGAGGAGAAGCACGUGAAGGAGACAUGGAAGGUUAUUCAGGAAAAAGCAUCUUACUUGCUCCCCAAGUAAAUGUUUGGCCUGAUUUUGCCAAGCAUAUCAAGGAUGCAUUGGUUUGAUUUGCUAUAACCAUAUUAAAUAAAAACCUUACAAAAGUUGGAACAACAGUUCAACUUCGGUAUAUGAUGAUUGUGCAUCUCUUUUCUAUUUAUUUUUAUUCCAGUUGUGUGUAUUUUAUCUUUUCUCUAGUUGUGUGUAUUCUAUGUUUUGGUUUGAUUUAUUGUGGUUUAACUCUAUGUAAGCCAAUUUCACAAACAAAGAAACGGCAACAACCAAUCAAGUAAUA